GAAGGCCGAUCCCGCAGUGGCCUUGGAUGACCAGUCCGCCGCCACUCCAGCGUACUCGUCUUCUCUAACUGCCCCGGAAAAGAAUGCAGUAACACUCGUUCCUUCUCCAGAGACAUCACCAAAGGGAGAAGUCGCCAUGGCUACUAUUGUGACUGCCGGCGAAGCAGUCGCUCGUGUCGCCUACCUCUCCUCCGACGCCAUCGUCUCCGUCCAGCCUUCGCUCGCCGCCGACUCGGAGUUCUCCAAAUUCCUCAAACAGUAUGCGAGCAAAAAGGCCACCUCACUCGUGAGCGAGGCACCCGAGGUCAUUUCAGUGCGACAUAACAAUGAUCCUCUGCUGGAUGUAUACUCGCGCGUGCGCAGUGGCAAACUCACCACUGUCACCACCAGCAGCGAUGUGUUAGUCAAGAGCAUUCCACAUUUGUACCGGUUAGCACAGUAUCCCGUGGUGAUACACGUGAACCUACAUCCGAGCGGAUACCCAGAUUAUGCCGAUAUCACGAGUGUUAGACACGCAGGCCUCACCUUCCUGCAGAGUACUACACUGCAAGAGGCGCAAGAUCUGGCCUUGACUGCGCACGCUUUGGCAAUCCGCUCAGGUAAGGGUGUAGUGCAUUUCUUCGAUGCUGCGAACAGCAAGCAAGACCAGCCCAUCGCACCCGAGGACCGCAGCCUUGUCGAAGAGACAUUGAACCUUGAUCUUGUCAGGACAUUGCAGAGCACAAAGAGCGACGAGACUGGCGUGUACGUCAGUGAGGGCCUUGCACCCAAGGUGGAGGGAAUCCAGCUUUCCGGAAAGACAGCGGCACCAGCAGCGAACACUGCAUCUGCCGAGGGCACUCCCGCAAAAGAGCAGUCAUCUGCCUCUUCUUCAGCGUCCUCAGAGCGCAAGGGCAGCAGUGCUGGUAUCUCUGAGGCAGAAUCCGCCACGACGGUAGACUCACAGCCAAAGCCACCAAGCUCAGAAGACGUGGACACAAUCUGCACCAGCAUCUGGUCACAGAUCAAGGCUAAGACCGGCCGGUCAUACAGCGCCUUCAACUACACUGGUCCUGCAAACGCCGAGAACGCGCUCUUCUUGUUCGGCAGCGAUCCAGGACUUUUCAGCGCAGAAUUCGAUGCAGCCAGUCCUUCGGACUUCUUCUCCAGUGUCGGUCUUAUCACACCGGUCCUGUACCGGCCGUGGCUUACGGAGCGUUUGACUGAGAGCCUACCAAAGAGCAUCAAGAAGAUCGCGGUGCUUGAGCAAAUCAAGAGGAAGACAACGAAAUGGGGCCCAAUUCUGCUCGAUCUGCUCAUGUCUCUCAAGGCCAGCUCACAGGGUGCUUCGCCACUGAUUGUGGGCUAUCAAUUGGGUUACAUUGAAUACUCGACAGUGACACAAGCACUGAGUGGUAUCUUCCAAAACUUGACCUCAAAAUCCCCAAUUCAGAAUUUGAAGAUCGGUGCGCACGACGCCCCUUCAAAGACUGAGGUUGCCACCAAGCAGCCAGCGUUGGAAAACGCAUAUAUGAAGAUCCUGGAUCAGGUCUUUGGCGAGCGAUUAUACAUUGCCAAUGCGCUGAAGUCCAGCAACGCCGGCAUCAACCAGACCAUCAAGGCUAGCCCAGAAUUUGGAUUCGGUUCGUUGCUCGCCAGGAAGAAGCACCGACAGCGCUUCGUUGGCGAAGUGCAGGAAGCUCUAAAGGCCAAGAGCUUUGCCACAGAUGCCCCAUUGAAAUGGCUAUCGCAGUGGUCGUUGGUCGCAGAGGAGCCAGAAAAGGCCAACAAGGUCGCCCCCGAGGUUCUCGCCCGCCUUUCCAACGAUGGCUCACCAGCCGCCUAUCAACUUCUCAGUUCGAAGGGAUUGUUCUACAAGGAGUCUCAAUGGCUCGUUGGAAGCGACGCCUGGAGCUACGAUCUCGGCAACAGCGGUGUGCACCAUGUCCUCGCAAGCGGCGAGAAUGUGAACAUGCUCAUCAUCGACUCCACCCCCUACAGCGAUCGUGCAGCUGCUGAUGCAGCACGUAGAAAGAAGGACAUUGGUCUGUACGCCAUGAACUUCGGCAAUGCUUACGUUGCCAGCACUGCGGUUUACAGCAGCUACACGCAAGUCCUACAAGCGAUGAUGGAAGCCGAGGCCUUCAAUGGCCCAUCGGUCGUCCUUGCAUACCUCCCAUACAGCCACGAAAACGACAGCCCACUCAAUGCCCUGCAGGAGACGAAGAAGGCGGUUGACGUUGGAUACUGGCCACUUUACAGGUGGGACCCGAAGGCUGAGGAAAGAGGCGAUGAGACAUUCAAGCUCGACUCUGAGCGCAUCAAGGAAGAGCUCAAGGAGUUCCUGAAGAGGGACAACUACAUGACUCAGCUCAUGAAGAGACAUCCAGAGUUCCACGCCAACCUGUCAGAGUCGUAUGGCACAGAGGUGCGCAAGGUGCAGAUGCGCAAGGCCAAGGACGCAUACGAGGUCCUCCUCGAGGGGUUGCAGGGCGCUCCAAUGACUGUCCUCUUCGCCUCAGAUGGUGGCAACGCCGAGAAUCUCGCAAAGCGCCUUGCUAACCGCGGCAAAGCGAGAGGCUUGAAGACCAUGUUCAUGGCUAUGGAUGACUAUCCAGUGGAGGAUCUGGGGCGAGAGGAGAACGUUGUCCUCAUCACGUCCACUGCUGGUCAAGGUGAAUUCCCACAGAACGGACGCAAUUUCUGGGAAGCCGUCAAGAACUCGACGGACCUCGAUCUGGCCAACGUCAAAUACAGCACCUUUGCACUUGGUGACUCGCACUACUGGCCACGAAAGGAAGACAAGCACUACUACAACAAGCCUGGAAAGGACUUGCACGCUCGUCUUGCCGCCUUGGGUGCGCAGGAGUUGGUUGCAUGUGGUCUUGGUGAUGAUCAAGACCCAGAUGGUUACCAGACCGGCUACCAAGAGUGGGAGCCAAAGCUGUGGGAUACCCUGGGUGUUGGUAAUGUCGAGGGACUACCAGAGGAGCCACCGCCAAUGACCAACGAGGACAUCAAGAUCGGGUCCAACUUCUUGCGUGGAACCAUCGUUGAAGGCCUCGAGGACCAAUCAACUGGAGCUAUCAGUGCGGCCGAUCAGCAGCUUACCAAGUUCCAUGGCACCUACAUGCAGGACGACCGUGAUCUUCGCGACGAGCGUAAGGCACAAGGGCUGGAGCCUGCGUACAGCUUUAUGAUUCGUUGCAGAUUGGCGGGUGGUGUGGCCACUGCUCAGCAGUGGGUGCAAAUGGACGAUAUUGCCAACAGCUUGGGUAACGAGACCAUGAAGCUCACCACACGUCAGACCUUCCAGUUCCACGGAAUCGUCAAGGCCAAGCUGAAGCCAGCCAUGCAAGCUAUCAACAGGGCACUCAUGACGACCAUCGCUGCUUGCGGUGACAUCAACCGUAAUGUCAUGUGCUCCUCGCUCCCCACCAAGAGCACUCUUCACGGACAGGCCCACGCUGUUGCAAAGAGAAUCUCCGACCACCUCCUUCCUGGCGCUGCUUCUAUCGCUUACCACGAGAUCUGGCUGAAGGGCAUGGAUGGUGAGAAGGACCUCAAGCUUGCUGGUGAUGCUGUGCAAGACCUCGAGCCAUUGUAUGGACCCACCUACUUGCCACGUAAGUUCAAGAUCACAAUUGCUGUGCCGCCUCACAACGACACCGACGUCUAUGCACACGAUAUUGGUCUCAUCGCAAUCCAAGGCGAGGAUGGCCAGCUUGCUGGUUUCAACAUUCUUGCUGGUGGUGGUAUGGGUGCUACGCACAACAUGAAGAAGACCUACCCACAGGUCGGCCGCAUGUUUGGUUACGUCCCCGCGGAUGAGGCCCACAUCGCUUGCGAGAAGAUCAUGCUCAUUCAGCGUGAUAACGGUGACCGCAAGAACCGCAAGCAAGCUCGUCUGAAGUAUACCAUCGAUCGUCUUGGCGUGGACUUCUUCAAGAGUGAGGUCGAGCGCAUCUGGGGCCGCAAGUUCGAGGAGCCACGGCCUUUCAAGUUUGAGAGCAACGUUGAUACCUUUGGCUGGCUAAAGGACGAACGGGGGCUGAACCACUUCACUUUGUUCAUUGAGAACGGACGUAUCGAAGAUACUGCCGAUUUCAAGAUGAAGACUGGUCUUCGUGAGAUUGCUCAGGUGCACAAGGGCGAGUUCCGUCUUACUGGCAACCAGCACUUGAUCUUGUCGAACGUCGCCGAUGCCGAUCUGCCUCAGAUGAAGGAACUUUUGGCCAAGUACAAACUUGACAACGUCAACUUUUCUGGCCUGCGACUGAGCUCUUCUGCUUGUGUGGCCUUCCCAACCUGUGGUCUGGCCAUGGCUGAAUCUGAGCGAUACCUUCCAGAGCUCAUCACCAAGCUCGAGGGCGCCCUCGAGGAGAACGGUCUUCGACAAGAGAGCAUCGUCAUGCGUAUGACCGGUUGUCCGAACGGUUGCGCUCGUCCUUGGCUUGCAGAGGUCGCCUUUGUUGGCAAGGCUUACGGCGCUUACAACAUGUACCUUGGAGGUGGCUACCACGGCAACCGACUGAACAAGCUGUACCGAAGCUCAAUCAAGGAGGAGGAAAUUUUGGCUAUCCUGAAGCCGAUGUUGAAGCAGUAUGCUCUGGAGAGGAAUGAGGGUGAGAGAUUUGGUGACUUUGUCAUCCGCAAGGGUAUCAUUGUUGCAACGAAUGGUGGGCAGGAUUUCCAUGAGAACACUGCUGAAUUGGAAGAAGAUGACGAAUAGAUGGGCUGGCAUGUGAUUGCAGAUGGUAUGCGGAUCUGUUCUGGUAUUUGAGCGACGCAGGUUGUCCGUGCUGCUGCCAGAGGUUUCACUUGCAUAGCGAGGCGUUCAAGGCGCUUGUUGUUCGCCAGGAGCAAGGCAUUGCGUCUUUUUCACGAAAUGAAAGCGGAAAAGCAAGCAACUAUUUGUAGCUGUAUGCAUACAUCAAUUAUUCAUCAAUGUUCUGUGUUUGAAAAGAAGAUGUGGUCCCACAAAAUCUGGGAGACAUCGUAUGGACAGCGCGC